AUGGGGGACCAGAGGCUGCAGGACUGGCUGAGGUCCCCGGGCAUGGACUCCAAGCCCUCGUACUGUAACAAACCGCCUUCCAAGUACUUCGCGAAGCGCAAGCACAGGCGCCUGAGGUUCCCGCCUGUGGACACCCAGAACUGGGUAUUUGUGACGGAGGGCAUGGACGACUUCCGCUACGGCUGUCCGUCUCCCGAAGAUACGCUUGUUUGUCACCGUGACGAGUUUUUACUCCCCAAAAUAUCUCUCAGAGGUCCCCAAGCUGACCCCAAAAGCAGGAAGAAAAAGCUGUUCAAGAAAGCGGCCCUAUUUUCCAAGCUCUCGCCAGCACAGCCAGCACGGAAGGCGUUCGUAGAGCAAGUGGAAGCCCAGCUAAUGGCCAAGCAUCCCUUGGCCAUGUACUCCAAUCUGGGAGAAGAUAUGCCUCCAGAUCUCCUACUACAGGUACUGAAACCGCUGGACCCUGAGAGGAAGCUGGAGGACGCAGGCUCUUGUGAGGGCCGGGAGAAGACAACCGACGAACCCACGGAGCCUGGUAAAUACCCCUGUGGGGAAUUCUCCCCUCGGCCUCCCGAGACUCGGGUGUCCUGUCUCCGCCCGGAGCCUUCCAAGACUCCGGUGUCCAGUCUCCGCCCGGAGCCUCCAGAGACUGGAGUGUCCCAUCUCCGCCCAGAGCCUCCCAAGACUCAGGUGUCCAGUCUCCACCUGGAGCCUCCCGAGACUGGAGUGUCACAUCUCUACCCGGAGCCUUCUGGGACUGGAGUGUCUCAUCUCUGCCCAGAGCCUCCCAAGACACGCGUAUCUCAUCUCCGCCCAGAGCCUUCUGAGACUGGAGUGUCCCAUCUCCACCCAGAGCCUCCCAAGACUCGGGUGUCCAGUCUCCACCCAGAGCCUCCUGAGACUGGAGUGUCCCAUCUCUGCCCGGAACCUCCAGAGACUCGCGUAUCUCCUCUCCGCCAGGUGCCUCCCGAGGCUGGAGUGUCCCAUCUCUGCCCGGAACCUCCCAAGACUUGCGUACCUCCUCUCCGCCCAGAGACCCCCAAGAAUGGAGUGUCUCCUCUCUUCCCGGAGCCUCCCAAGACUCGCGUAUCUAAUCUCCGCUCGGAGCCUCCCAAGAUUGGAGUGUCUCAUCUCUGCCCGGAGCCUCCCAAGACUCGCGGAUCUCAUCUCGGCCCAGAGCCUUCUGAGACUGGAGUGUCCCAUCUCCGCCCAGAGCCUCCCAAGACUCGGGUGUCCAGUCUCGACCUGGAGCCUCCUGAGACUGGAGUGUCCCAUCUCUGCCCGGAGCCUCCAGAGAAUGACGUAUCUCAUCUCCGCCCAGAGCCUCCCGACACUGGAGUGUCCCAUCUCUGCCCAGAGCCCCCCAAGACACGCGUAUCUCAUCUCCGCCCAGAGCCUUCUGAGAAUGGAGUGUCCCAUCUCCGCCCAGAGCCUUCUGAGAAUGGAGUGUCCCAUCUCCGCCCAGAGCCUCCCAAGAUUCGGGUGUCCAGUCUCCACCGGGAGCCUCCUGGGAGUCGCGUAUCUCAUCUCCGCCUGGAGCCUCCUGAGACUGGAGUGUCCCAUCUCCGCCCAGAGCCUCCCAACACUCAGAUGUACAGUCUCCACCCGGAGCCUCCCGAUACUGGAGUGUCCCAUCUCUGCCCAGAGCCUCCCAAGACUCGGGUGUCCAGUCUCCCCCCGGAGCCUCCCGAGACUGGAGUGUCCCAUCUCUGCCCGGAGCCUCCAGAGACUCGCGUAUCUCAUCUCCGCCCAGAGCCUUCUGAGACUGGAGUGUCCCGUCUCCACCCAGAGCCUCCCAAGACUCGGGUGUCCAGUCUCCACCCGGAGCCUCCCAAGACUCGUCGAGUGUCCAGUCUCCACCCGGAGCCUCCCAAGACUCGUCGAGUGUCCAGUCUCCGCCUGGAGCCUCCCAAGACUCGUCGGGUGUCCAGUCUCUGCCCGGAGCCUACCAAGACCGGAGCGUCCCAUCUAAAAGAACUGUUUCAGGAAGGUACAUCAAGCACAAUGGAGUGUGUUUCUGACUCUCUUCAACGUAGACACACAUCGAGAAAACUCCGUGACUUCAAGUGGGCUGGAGACCUAGGAGUUGAUGAAGAAUCCAUCAGCAGUCUGUUUGACUUUACCCCUGAGUGCAGAGCAACCUAUCAAGACCAAAAGAAUAAGAAGGCAAACGAGUGUUCCUCAGGGCUGAAGUACAGCAUGGAGCUAGACGAAAUGGAUGAGGUCAAAUUCUUCUCACAGGAAAAAGACUUGGACGGGAAAAUCCAGACUGCACCAAAUUCUCAUAACGCACAGCAUGUGAAGAUGGGGUAUGGAGCAUGGUACCUCAAGCCUAAGUUGGGGAAAAAGCUAAGAAGUGAUGAACCUUUGAUUGACCCAAAGCUCGUACUUGAAAAGCCUGAUGAACCCGACAUUCUUGACGGUCUUUAUGGACCAAUCGCCUUUAAGGAUUUCAUUCUAAGCAAGGGCUAUGAAAUGCCUGGCAUCAUUCAAAGGCUGUUUGCCAGGAGGGGAUGGACUUAUGACUCUGUUAAGACUCCUAUUCAACGUGCAAUGCAAGUUUACAAGUACAAAGAAGACGUCACAGAUGCAUCGGAAGAAGAUUAGAUGGUUUUCAAUUUACUACUUAAUUGGGUAUUUCUUGCUCUCAUUUUAAACAUCAGUCAGAAUUUAUGAUGACUGGC